AUUGUAUCCCCCAGCAAUCGGGGGUUGGCGGAUGUGACUAUUUGCGUUGAGGGUCAAAAGCGCAAAGCACGCUGACCGGUGCCCGCAUUCCUUCCUCUUUCCGCAAGGGUGGAGGCGAAGAGAGGGUGCAUACCAUCGGGGAAGCCUGGCUCCGAAAAGGCAAGCUCCUCGUGUUCGCGCGAGAGCAGCGUCUCGAGACGUGCAGUGGUGUGCUGGACCGACGUGGUUGCCUCGGUACAUUUCUUACGGAGCACAGACAGAAGCGACAGCUCUUAACCGCAAUCGUCUUGGCUCAAAUGUUUCAGGCUCCAGACUCUACAUCACCCAAACUCUUAAUCUUCAAACGAGUUCGCGACGAGUGCGCAUCGUGACAUGAACGUACUUAGGGCGGGCGCGUUCUUAACGGCGGGCGCGGGCGCCAUGCAGAUGGCCGCACAGGGCCAGAGUCAGUUGGAGCUGUUCGGCCUCGAGAAUUCCUCCACGGCGCAGAUGGUGGAGAUAAAGACCCCGACGUGUACUGUCACUGGUGCGGCUCUAUCACAAGAAGUGGCUGCUGCGGAUGGAAACCUGUUCGUGGGAUACCGCGGCUACCAGAUGACGAACACACCAACAGGUUUGCUUGGGACAACGCAGAUCGUGUUUGGAAGUGCAACCAGUGAUGUCACUGUUUCGGGGAGCUGUUCGAUCACUCUUGUCAGUGGGGGAAGCCUGCCUGCGCUAGACGGGCUGACCGACCUGACAGGUGCCGACAUUGGUGGCACGAUUUGUCCCCAAUCUAACCAACCGCACGGAAGCGGGCACAAAUGCUUCUCGCACUGCUGCCAUCAUGCCUGGUGCGCGCCCGACGGUGGAGUGACCUGGUGUGACCAAACACUGGGGAAAGUGGCAAGGAAAGACAUCGUCGCCGACACCAUCACCUUCACCCCUGGUUGGUGGGUCACGGCGUACAUUGGACCCAUUGCAGGCCACGCAGGAGGCGGCGCGGGAGGAGGUUCUGCAGGAGGAGCUGCCGCCGUCGGCGACCCCCACCUGCAGAACAUUCACGGCGAGCGGUUUGACCUGAUGAAGGAGGGCAGGCACGUCCUCAUAAGCAUCCCUCGCGGGGAGGGCGCCGAGCAGGCCCUGCUUCGCGUGCAGGCCGACGCGCGCCGCCUGGGCGGCCAGUGCGCGGACAUGUAUUUCCAGGAGCUGAACGUGACGGGGUCCUGGGCAGAGGCAAAACAGGCUGGCGGGUAUCACUACAGCGUCUUGCAGAGCGCCGUGGAGGCUCCACAAUGGAUUGCUUUCGGUAAGGUCGAGCUGAAAGUCGUCCACGGACGCACGGGCAGUGGCCUCCGCUAUCUGAACGUGUACGUGAAGCACUUGGCGCACGCAGGAUUUGCUGUCGGAGGUCUACUGGGAGAGGACGACCACGAGGACGUAACCAUCGCUGGGGAGUCAUGUGCCAAGCAGAUGUCCCUGUGACCGUGCUUGUGCUGUCGGAGGUGGGUGCGCGUGUGCGCCCCAACGCUUGGUUCUGGCCACCAUGCCCGGUGGCGCUCAAACGCUAUAUAUAUGCUCUCUGUUCGUCGGGCCGAGCUGCAUGCCACUGGCGUGCAACCCUGCUCGUGCCCUCGUGCCCCGCGACGACCUCCGCCGCGUCCCCAGACCUCCGACGGCGUGCUCUCUGUGACGACGUGGGCCGCCCGAGCCCUCGACCAGAGGGGCCGGACCUCCGCCGCGGAGCGGGCCCCCUGGGCCCGGAGCGGGCCUCCGGAGCCCUCGACCCCAGGCCCUGCGGCUUUCUCUCCGUCUCCUCCUCCCCCUCCCCCUCCUCCUGGGAUUUUGCCUGGGAUUUUGCAAAGGCCUACACCGUACAAGACCUCCAGCUCGGCCAGGGCCACGAAGUUGUCGACGUGGCCCGACGUGCUCGGGCACCGACUCAUCCCACUCGAUUCGAGGUCGAGGAGGAAGGGGCGAGGAUUGCGG